GCUCCCGCAGGGCUGUUCUCUGAGAGCUCAGCCCAGCCGUCCCUUAGGCCAGUCCUUGAUUCUUCAGCCUCUCCCUGGUGACACCCCCCUCACCCCUUGGGCUGUGGCCUGGGUCCCGCAGAUUUCUAACCGCUGGGGGCCUCCAGACAAAGUGUCAGUUGACUUGAGGGCCUUUGCCACUCAAGUGAUGGAGGUGACAGGCUGGUUCGGAACCAUGGACAGAGGGUCAGGUUCCACAAAAGGAAGAAAUUACUACUCUGUAGUGGACUCAUGCGUUUUUCCCAAAGGGUGUCUCAUGGAGUGUUGGUGUGAAAAAUAUGAUGCUCAAAGGUCCAGUAAGUUUGGGAAAUGCUGGGCUGAGCAAAAUCAGGUCUCUUCACUGUGAGCCCUUAGUAUGCUUUUAUGCAUCAGGCCCUUCCAAAAGCGUUUCCCAAACUUACGGGACCUUAUUUUAGGCACCAUCUUGGGCCUGAUGUUCACACAACCCCGAGCCAGAGGCUAUAUUUCGCAUGCAGGACGGCACAGAGAGACAAGGAAGGGCAAGGCUAGAGCAGGUUCCCAUGGAGGAGCCCAGAACUGUUCCUGUCUUGACCACUAAAUCGCUCUGUAACCUUGGGCUACUUUCUUUUGCUCUCCGCACCUGUGUUUCCCUGUCCAGGAAAUGCGGUGUGGUGCCUGGCACGUAGUCGAUCCUUGGUAAAUAUUUGUUAAAUGGACCAAGGAGAGGAUUAGACUGGACUCUCUCACGCUUUUUUUUUUAGCUACACUGUCCUAAUGAUGGGAGAGUGCAGGCUCUGGGCCCCUUCGCCCGGACGUGAAUCCAUCUGCACCAACGAUGGGCUGUUCAAACUUGGCCAACUCAGCUCUCCACCUGCUUCAUUUUUCUCCCCUUUUGACCCUGGGAACACAGGCUACAUCAGCACAGGCAAGUUCCGGAGCCUCCUGGAGAGCCACAGCUCCAAGCUGGACCCGCACAAACGGGAGGUGCUCCUGGCUCUCGCCGACAGCCAGGCGGAUGGGCAGAUCGGCUACCAGGAUUUUGUCAACCUGAUGAGCAACAAGCGGUCCAACAGCUUCCGUCAGGCCAUCCUGCAGGGCAACCGCCGACUCUGCAGCAAGGCCCUGCUGGAGGAGAAAGGGCUGAACCUCUCCCAGCGGCUCAUCCGCCACGUGGCCUACGAGACCCUGCCCCGGGAGAUUGACCGGAAGUGGUACUACGACAGCUACACCUGCUGCCCCCCGCCCUGGUUCAUGAUCACGGUCACGCUGCUGGAGGUUGCCUUUUUCCUCUACAACGGAGUGUCGCUGGGUCAAUUCGUGCUGCAGGUAACCCAUCCGCGAUACCUGAAGAACUCGCUGGUUUACCACCCACAGCUCCGCGCGCAGGCAUGGCGUUACCUGACGUACAUCUUCAUGCACGCGGGGAUAGAACACCUGGGACUCAACGUGGUGCUGCAGCUCCUGGUAGGGGUGCCCUUGGAGAUGGUGCACGGAGCAACCCGCAUUGGGCUUGUCUACGUGGCUGGCGUUGUGGCAGGGUCCUUGGCGGUGUCUGUGGCUGACAUGACUGCACCAGUUGUGGGCUCCUCUGGAGGGGUGUAUGCACUCGUCUCUGCCCAUCUGGCCAACAUCGUGAUGAACUGGUCAGGCAUGAAGUGUCAGUUCAAGCUGCUGCGGAUGGCUGUGGCCUUGAUCUGUAUGAGCAUGGAGUUUGGGCGGGCUGUGUGGCUCCGGUUCCACCCAUCAGCCUAUCCCCCGUGCCCUCACCCCAGCUUUGUGGCGCACUUGGGCGGCGUGGCCGUGGGCAUCACUCUGGGCGUGGUGGUCCUGAGGAACUACGAGCAGAGGCUGCAGGACCAGUCGCUGUGGUGGAUUUUUGUGGCCAUGUACACAGUCUUCGUGCUGUUUGCUGUCUUCUGGAACAUCUUCGCCUACACCCUGCUGGACUUAAAGCUGCCACCGCCUCCUUAGGAGACUGGGGGACCGAGGUCAGGGAGGGGAGGGAGAGGCAGCAGCAGGAAGGAACAUGUACAUUCUUGUUCUCAGCGCCAGCUCCGCCACGCUGAGGAGGAGAGGACAAGAUGCUCGGCCGCUGUGAUGUUUGCGUUCAGGUUUGGACAAUGGAGCCUCUUUUCUGAAAGGUGCCUGCUGGAUGAGUUGGAUGUGGUUACCAUUGUUUUUCUACGCUGUUCUGAGGACAUCGGGCCAAGGCGAAGGCCUGGGGUGCCCUUCCCUUGGGCUGAGCCUGUUCCGUGUGUUUAGGGGACCCCUCUCAUCACAGAUUGGGCUUUCCUUCCCCCUCGUCCACACACUGAGAUGUCAGGAAGGCCCGAGAAUAGAGUAGCCAGGCGGACUCUUGUCCAGCCCAGCCCAGAGGUGCAGUCGCAAGCCAGGAAAUGUUCCCUCUGCAGCUACUAGGUUUGGAGCUCUGGAGUGGAAGAGGGCCAGGUGGUGGACAUGUUAGUUUGAGUCUAGAGGAGCCCAGGGUCCCCGCUGUUGGUGGGCACUGGGACAUGGCCUCUGGUGCCUGGGGUAGGCGGAGGAGGGAGAUGCUGUAAGUCCAGGCCUCGCUCCUGCCCUGGAGGUGUCAGUGAGCGAAACCCAAGAGGAGGGAAUAAACUUCAUCCCAAGCCCCACCCUAGGGAAGACCCCAUACCAACUUUGGCCUUCUCCCUCCCUGUCUUCCAGAAUGCUGACAUCUCACAUCAGUGCCCCAGCGCCCCGUGGCCUGCCUUGUUUUUAGAGCCUUUUCCUUCCUUUCCUGACCCUACAUUGUGCCUCUCCUUUGUUCAUGGGGACGUGUGUGAGUGUGUGCAUUGUAUGUGUGUGGUGGAUGAGGACGCCUGUGUGAUGGUAGGAGAUGCCACGGAAAGAACGUGAGGGGAGUUGGAGGCUGCGGAGGAAGGCUGUGGGGGGAGUGUGGGUGUGCGGAAGGGUCUGCGUGAAAGGAAAGAAAGCACUGAGAGGUGGGAGGGUGUGACUGCCGAGGAUCUUGCUUUCAGCAAAGCUAGCCCCUUCCUUCCCGUUCCUCAUCCUUUCCAGGCAUCUCCCUGAGCACCACUGAUCAGUGGGAGACUUGUCCAUGGCGGAGGGAGCCCUUGGGCCCUCCCAAGGACCCUCAGGACGCCGUGGUUUGCCUUUGCCCAAUUCCGUUCUUGUUUUCCUCUGGAAUGACCUUCACGUGUAAAAACGUUCUGUUCUCUUUCCCUUAGGAGGGCAGGAGCUAUGGGGGUGUAAGGCCGGGGCAGGAAUGUUGAAGCCAUGUGUCCAUCUGAGUAGGGGGGACAGGAGGCUGCAGUCAAAGGAAUUCCAAUUUAGGCAGAAAACUGCUUCUAGAGAAUUGUUGGGGAUUCGGAUGAGGGUCCGAGGUGAGGGCAGCCCAUAGACUCAGAUACUCAGAGCCUGGAGGGAACUUGGCAGGCUCAUCCCUUCCUCUGCCGCACAAGUGGGAAAGCGAGGCUCAGGGAAUGACUCCCAGGCAGGAGCGAGUGCAGGCCCUGAGCAGAGGGGAAGGGGAAGAAGGCCUUUGACAAAACCUGUGAUUCCCUUUAUACUGCUCGCGGAACUCCCAACCACUGACAACCCAGAAAGACGAAGAACUCCCGUCUGGGAAGCAGAGGGACUGGGUCCGCGCAGGGACGAGGGCAGGAGCUUGGUCCAAAGUCAGCUGGGCCAGGCAGUUGGGGAUCUUGGGCCACUGUGGCUUCCUGUCCUCCGUGAUCACACAUGAAUGAGCAGGGUCUUCAUUCAGCCCCAGGCUAUGCCAACCGCUCCCCACCCCGUCUUUGCCCAGUGCUGAAUACAUCAUCCCGGUCCCCACAUGUGGCUGCCGAGGUCAUGCCGCACUCAGGCUGACACAGUACUGAGGACUGCCCACCCGAGCUGGCGUGGGCCCAGAUCCGUGGCGGGGCUGCAUUUCCCUCGGGCGUCUUGUCUGUGUCCUGACAGCCUGUGUCUGCCCUCUAGAGAGAAGGGGUGUAGUCAGCUUCCUAGGAGGAGACCACGUUGGGACUGGGGGCCGAGAGGACUUGAGUGAGGAUGGAGAGGGCGGCCCUGGCCAUGGGCCACAGCCCCUCAACUGGAGCAGUGCUGUCCCUCACUGGAGGAGCGGGGAGGCAGGGCUUCCCUGCAGGCACCCGGGUGCUCUGGGUUGUGGGUGGAGGGAGCGGUCACCCCUGCCUUCUCCGGGUGUGGCCUGGAGAGGGUCUUCCCCUCUCAGGGGCGAGAAGACUGUGAAUAGAAGGCUCUAGCAAGCCCUCAGAGAAGCACCCAGGUCCCUCAGGUCUCCAGACGGGAGCUUGUUCCCGAGAAGGGCUGUCUGAGGCGGAAGUCCCAUUUGCCGUCCUGUCUGAGACGCACGAAGGGAGCCUCACCUGACUUUAGGCCGCCAGCCGCAGCUGUUCCCUGUCAGCAGUGUCCAAAAGUGACCCCGAAGCUCGUCAGUCUGCUUAACACCCCCCUCUCCACCCUUGCCCAACCAUCAGCUCCAAGCAGGGCCACCCAGUGGUGUCAGCAGUCACUCCACACAACCCAGGUCUCCAAACCAGGGCCAGAGACAAUCGUCUGGUAAGAAAGGUUUCCUUUUUGGUGUCUGGCUUUCUCACCCUCCCCUCCCCCCCCCCCACCACACCCCCAGGGCCUGGCCAGCAGCACAUCCCCAUCAUCCCUCCUUCCCGGUCCAGCACAGCCCCUGGCCCAGUGUGGAGGGCAGUGUGCUAUGGGGCCGGGGAGGGUGGCUGGUCUUGCAUCCAUAGGAUACAGAAAUUGAAAGCCGGGGAUCCCCCAAACAGCAGCCAUAGAUUUGCCCGCUCAUUAAACAGAAGAGGAAUCACAGAAACUAGGGAAGGGAAAACAAAUCUUCAAAGGAGAAAUUUUGCUUUAAUGCCACCAUUAAUCAUUCAUUUUUUUAAUUAGGAAAAGCUCCCUAAAGAGGCAUUUUUGCCAGCUAAUAGGACUCUCCAUUUCCACGAGGACCGUUCCUACCCAGAGGAUUAGGAGAGUCAUUGCUCACAAACCCAGAUCUUCCCCCACAGUGUCCAAUUUCGCUUGCAAAUAAUGCAGAUUCCCAGGUGCAGCGGAAGCCAUCUCCUGGCUGCCUUCAUGUUGCUCCUGGGGCUGGCCGGAAAGCACCGACACUCCUCUGCCUUAAAAACCGUGAAUUCCACCCCCAAGGACUUGAGUAAGUGGAAAACAAAAGGAAACACAAGCUGCAAUGUUUGUUUCUAAAUAUUUUUGUAUUGUGUACAUUCUGUAUAUUUUUGUCGUAACAUAUUAUUCGAGCACAGAUUCCAUUAAAGAUUUUUUUUUUUUUUAAGCCAUCGGUUAUUCAGGAAGUGGCAUAAAGGGCUGGCGUGGGAGCCCUGUUUCAUCUUUGGAGGUGGGAGGUGGGUGGGAGGACAGCAGCGGUGCUGGGCCUGUGAUGUGCACAAGACAGAGCUGGGACUCGGCGCUUGGUGCUGCUGCUGGUGCUUCCAGUCUGGUGGAACCGUUUUUGAAUUGCUGAACUCUUUGGAAUGGUUGAUGAGAGCUAGGUUUUCUCUUGCCCUAACAAUGCGCAGGUAGACAGUUUUGUGUACAAUGUGGAAGGGGGAGGUGGUCUGCAAAUAAGGAAACUCACUCAGCUUCAGGUCAAGAGCUUUUGUGCCAGCUGUGCUCGUGGGGGUCCCUUCUUCCCCUUCUACCCUUACACGGUGGGAGAUUAAUGUUUUGACUACUGUUAUUGUCGUAAUCUUUGAAAUACCUAGGUACUUCGUUCUUUACCCCAAUAGCCUAGUCUGUAGGUCUUUCUAGGGGUAGUCAACAUUCUGAUCUGGAGGAAGGGAUAGGGAACGUUCUCAGGGUGAAAGGACAUGGUUCACGUACAGAAGGGGAAAACAAGAAGGGCGUAAGCGUGAAGGUCCAGUGCUUGGUAGGUUUAACAACCAAAUGGGCUUUGAAUGGAUGAAGUCUGAGGAAGUGAGUUGUUUACUCCAGCUUUUCUAAACCGAUGACAGCGUAUGUGGUUUUGCAAUUCAUAACCGUUAAAUUUCAUUCGGGGAUUAAACUACUCUGUUAAAUUCAGCACGGGAGUCGUUUCCCAUAAUGUUCUUUCACAUCAGUUUCCUGUAUGUUAUUAAAAGAAAAAAAAACAUUAAAAAAUUUUUUUAAUGUUUAUUUUAUUUUUGAGAGAGAGAGAAAGAGAGAGACGGAGCAUGAGUGGGGGAGGGACAUAGAGAGAGGGGGACACAGGAUCCAAAGCAGGCUCCGGGCUCUGAGCUGUCAGCACAGAGCCUGACGCAGGGCUUGAACUCAUGAACCAUGACAUCAUGACCUGAGCAGAAGUUGGACACUGAACCGACUGAGCCACCUAGGUGCCCCCCCCCCAACCACAUUUUUAAAUGCUGCAAAAGUCAUUCUAGAACAACUUGAGUACAGCUCAGGCUGAAGGUCAAAAAACUCAUUUCUCUUUCAAGUGUGGAUAACUAACUUCCCUAGAGGGAAAAUCAGGACCCUGUCUGAGCACCCGUGCACCCCCUGUACCCCAUCAGUUCCAGGCUCCAAUACCUGAGGCACUGACAGACAAGCUCCCUGAAUAGCCAAAAGCUGUUUAGAUGGCUUUGCCUUUAGCUCCCUAUCACUUCCCCCUUCGCUUUUCUGGUUCCUCCCUUCUACCAGAUUCUCAUUCUUCCCAUAACUUUGUAAGACAUUAACCAGUGAUAAGGUAAUUAUGAAGACAAUUUACUGGUUACUUAGUAUGUGCUGGGCACUGGAUGAGGCAUUUUCAAUGUAUUAUUUUCAUUUAAUUGCAUAGCUACUUGUGUGAAGUGAGUACAAAUAUGCCCAUAUUUACACAUGAGGGGAAGGCUUAGAGUUUAGUGACUGGCAGGUGCUUUAUGGCAUAGAGGCUUCAUACUAUGGUUCCAAAGUUCAUGCUCUCAACCCUCAGCUGUUCAUCGGGUGUUCAAGGACACUGAAGUGUCAGGGAGUUUGUUUAAAGAUCCAGUCUCAUUGCAUUAGUAACAGUAAUGAACCUUGGAAUGUUUGUUCGGUGUUCACUUAAUAGGAUCUCUUUAUCAGCCCUCCUGGAAGUGGUUUACACGAAAAUCCACAGCUAUGAAUUCAUUACUGCUCCCUAAUCACCCCUGACCCCCAGGAUCUAGCAUCGAUGCCAACUCAGAAUGAUACGAAGUCUGUGACCCAUUUGGGAAGGCUAGCAGUUGUAGGACUGGGGCUGCCCUCCUAGACCUCCAAGUAGAGAGACCGUCAAUGUCAGGGGUGGGUCUCCACUACUGAGAAGAUGCAUGGUUAGGAAAACGUGGUCCUAACUGAAUCUUAGCUCCCAGAUGCCUGCAGGCUUUCCUUGCAUCCGGUAUACGUGCGCCUCCGGUAAAGGCCAUGCGUUCUGUCACGUUAGUAAUGAGUGAGAGUGAGGGGAAGUGACCUGCAUUAUUGGGUCCUACAGCUGUAUUUCCUCGGACAGUGAGUAAAACACCGCGAUGGAGACUGCCCUUACACUGCCUGAUGCCUCCUGCGAGGUGCAGAAAGGUGUAUGCCGGCAGGUGGUGUGAUUUUCUUCAACAGGUUCCUUAGCGUAACAGGUGUAAUUUCCCCAUAAACUUGUUGCGGAUGAAUAAAAAUGUCAGCGUUGAGAAUGGAGAUAGUUAAAUAAAAAUGACUCUGUCGGUGAGAAGCUAAGUCAGUUUAUUAUUAUUAUUACAAAUCUAAUUAUAGGUAAACUGAGGCCAUUUUUGAUACAUGACAAACAUACAUUUCCUCUGUGUGUCGAGCACACAAGUAAUACAUAAAUGUAUUCCGUGCCUGGACAAAUCCUGUUUAAAAACUUUAAAAGUUAAUUCAUUAGCUUAUUAAAAUUUGAGUACAGUACAUGUUUCUGGUCAUGAGCUCUCUGAGUUUCUUCUCAUGGCCAACCAGCUAUCCAGUUCCAGGUCACCAUUGUCCUUGCCUACAGUAGUGAUAGUUCGUCACAGGCUUUAAAAUAAGACUGUAUGGUAUACAACUGUGUAAUGUAGUGAGCCUGCAUCACAAAAUAAAUACAUAUAAGUACACAUAAGGAAUGUACAGUUAUACCUUGACUAUAUCCAUAAAUAGCUUGAAGCAGGUAAUACAUUUACUUUUAAAGGCCAUUUACAUCAUGAGCUGUUGAUAUGUGAAUUUGAAAAUGAAAAAUAUUUUUUUUUUAGACUCCAAAUGUUGAGGUCCUAAUGUUGUCUAUUAAAAAAAAAUUGAUUUCUAAAUGAGCAACAGAGUACAUUAGAAAAAGAUUCGAGGGUAGUGCCACAGAAUUGCCAGUUUCCCAUAGUCAUUCUGUAAGUAAUGCUAUAAAAAAUGCUAUUUGGAAUUUUUUUUCCUAUACUGCCUACAAUCCAAGUUAUUAAAGUUUAAAACCAUAGGAGAGCCUUUAUGAAGAUCCUGAAUUGUAUUUCUCAUUAAAGGAAAAGAAAUGGCUUGGUGAGUCAUGUUCCUCGACUUCUGUAGAAGAGAAAGCAGAAGGCCAUCGUCAGUCAUUCUGAAAGUUAAAACUCAGCACUUAAGUGAAUUUAGAUGAGUUUAGGAGAGGAUUUUUACGGGCUUGUGUUCCUCUGAGCAUCCUGACGGCAGUGAGAAUGGGACUUCUGAUCUUCUAAACAAAAAUCAUUAUCAAAUGGAUUUAUUAAAGAGCUGCGCAGAACAAACUGCCAUCAUAUGUGUGUAGCUACGGUUGGCUUCCGUGGGAAUUAUAAAUGGCUCCAGAUGAGGGCACAUUCAAUUGAUUCAGAGUAAAACAACGUGAGGCUUGUAACAAAUAUACAAAAAACUGAAAUCAAUGAGUAACUGUGAUAAGAAGAAUCUGUUUGCGUCCUUCAUGUUACAGUCUGCUUGUAGAAUUUAUGUACUGUUUCUGUUUUAACAUCUGAAAACUAGCAUUUUCAUAGAAAAGACAAAGUACAGGCUGUUGGCAAAAUACCUGUGAACAAAUGAAUGAUUUGUUCCGCAGUAGCUUUCCAUCCGAGAUAAGGUUUUAUCUUGAAGCUAGUGCGUCUAUUUUUAAAGCUCAUUUAAUUUCUUACACACUCAUGAUUUGUGUAUUGACUUAAAAGCUGGUUUUAUCAUCCAUACCAUUAUCAAUCAGACCAAAAAAUCUAUCCAAGCACCCACAGGAUGCACAGAUCUAUCUUUGAAAUGGUGUUGGAGGGCUAAUCUUGUCCUAGGACUAGGAGGACAUUUUUUUCAAGAAGCUAUAAUAUAUUGAAGAAAGAAGUAUCACAAUUUUUCUGGGAGGAAAAAUUGCUAAAUACUGCAGCCAACUUCUCAGAGAAGCCACAGAAUUACUGUUCAAGAUUUUGAGCAUCAACCCCCCGAAGUCUAGAAUUUAUGGGGCCAGUGGUAUACUAAAAUUCCACGACUCUAACGCACGUGUGUCUGGGACUCAGUGAAGACAGUCCUCGGAUUUUUAUGUCUAAGUAAGUUAAGUUUUACAGGUACAAAAUGAAAAAAAUCUAGAGUGGGUUUCAACUAAUCUUAAGUAGCAAUCCUAUGACAAUUAUGACAAGUGCAGUUUCAAACACCAAGGCUUCAAUGUACGACUUCACAAUACAACGAUCUCAAAACGUGUGAUCACAAACUUUGGGCAAGGGCUUCUUUCAUAAAUUCCUCGAGGACGGCCACCACGUUCUUGGCCUCGGGCAUUUCUUCGUGUUCCACUUUAACAAUCUUCAGAAGGAUAUCUCCACUCCCACAGUUCUUCAGGAACGUGUAGCAUUUAAACAAAGCAUAAUGAUUCAUUUCUGCCUGUCGGAUAAAUCUCUUCAAAUUAUUUGUGUCUUGUAUGGCCUAGAAAAAGAUUUCCCAGUUAAAUAUGUGCUUAGUGAGAUAAUAAUGAAGCCUGAAAAAUAUCUCCUAUCCAGCUGAGAACUCAACUUACAUUGCUGAGAUGUUUUUUAUUUUAAAUAUUUCUAUCAUUCUUACUGCUAAUAUGCUUUGCCCAUGGGAGAACAAAAUUUCUUAUGAAAUUACUUUAUAAAAAUACUUUUAAAAAUACUUUUAAAAUCAACUAAAUAAAGUAACAACAUUCCUCCCCAUCAGAAUUCUGAACCCUUAGGCACUGAACUGGGGUGUGUGUGCAUGGGUGUGUGGGUGUGUGUGUGUGUGUGUGCGCACGCAUGCACGUACAGUUCCCAACUAAGAUACAUCACAAAUUAGAAGACUGAUGUGCCUGAGAUACAAGCAAGCGUUCAACCCAAUUAAUUGGAAAUGCAAGGAUAUAAAUGCAGAAGCUCCUGAAAAAUAUAAAGUAAAUGGCUUCUGGAGAUUCUGGUUUUGAGAACGUCCUGUUUAACAGACAUCACAGCCGUAAAGCAGAUCUGUUACUCUCUCACUGGUACUAAUGAAAAUUCAGACAAAAAUUAUAUGUGGCAUUUGGCACAUAGCCAAUUAAUUACCUUUAGUUUAAAGUUCUCCAGUACUUGUCGAAAAAGAAAAGGGUUACCUCCUUCGGUGCCAUUCAAAAAAGCCUGCAUCCAAUCCUCACAAAACCGGUUGCUUCCUAUAAGGUAUUUUAGAAAAAUUAAACAAAUAAAAAUGAAAUCCUACAAAGCAUAAGACAUUUGUUCUAUUUAUUUUAUUUAUUUAUUAACAGGUGUAAAUGACAUAUAUUAGUUUCAAGUGUACAACAUGAUUCAAUAUGUGUGUACGUCGGGAUUUUCUUAAUAAAAACACUUAUAGUGAAUUAUUUAAGACUUCUAUAACAGUCUAAAAAAAUUUACUCAACACCUGGCUAAGAAAUACCAACUGGCGGGGCGCCUGGGUGGCUCAGUCAGUUAAGCAUCCAACUUCAGUGUAGGUCAUGAUCUCGUCAUUCCCAAGUUCAGGCCCCACGUCGGGCUCUGUGCUGACAGCUCAGCGCCUGGAACCUGCUUCAGAUUCUGUGUCUGCCUCUCUCUCUGCCCCUCCCCUACUCACACUCUGUCUCUCU